UGUUUGUAAAGUUCAGUCGUCGGUGUUGACGCCGCAAUUCGCUGCACGACGCACAUCCUUGCUCGAUCAGUUUGAGUGCCAGCGCAACACUUCGUGAUAAAAUACGUGCAUACUUUAUAGUUGGAAUUGUCGUCAGCAGUACACAGUGUGUAAUCAGUCGCCGCUGCUGACAUAUUGAAAGUCAAGUUGUUGCACCAUCUCGCGCUCCGAUUAAAGUGAUAAUUAUUUCACAUACGGCUAUUUUAUAACCAUUUGCUAUCAUGUCUAGCGCUGAAGAAUGCGAACUCAAAGGAGGGCACCCCCCUGCAGUCAAAGCAGGUGGUAUGAGGAUAACGCAACAUAAGACACCUAGAGAAGAUCGUGAGGCUAAACCUGGAAAAGAAUCGGAGGAAGCAAAGCCUUCCACUAGUCCACCAAAAACAAUGCUGAUAAGCGGGGCACCGGCAAGAGGAAAUGCAGAUUUCCCACCCGAAGCAGUGCAAAACUUCCACGCAAAGCCAGCACCAACUCACGAUGCACGUCCAGCCCACUGCUCUCGUCCAAAUAUAAUUCAACAACCAAGGAAGUAAAUGUAAUAAAUUUACACUACAACACAAUGAAGAAUAUCUGGGCUGUAAUUAAAGUUUGAAACAAAUUGAUGAGCAAAAAUUUUAUACAUGCAAUGAAAAGUAGAAAAUAGAAUACCUAUAAAGAAAUUAAAAGUAACGCUUUUGAAAAACAUAUUUUUCUCAGAAAUUGAUGCUACAAUAGUUGAUAAACUACACUCGAAAAUUCAUCCCUCAUAUUCUAUCAUCGUAACAUAUAUAUCCGUACUAUUUUAUCUUUAAUUUGAAAUAUCUUGAAGGAUUUUCCGUUGAUGAUUCGUCCAAUGCUUCAUUCAACCGGACAUUUAUACAAUGGUUGAAUUUUCUGUUGAAAAAAACUCUGAUAGUUCGUGAAGGCAAAUUUGACUAUGCAAUUAUAUUUUACAUUCAGAGUUUAUAUUGUUGAGCAAGACAAUGAAGGAAAGUUUAUUUUUCAUUUAUACGAGUAAUAAUGUAGGGAAACUACAUAAAUGGAUAUUUCUAUUUUAACGAAACCUCGAGUCAUUCAUAGUUUUUAUCACUCCUUAUAAAUAUUAUUUUAUUUUUAUAUUUGCAUCGUAUCGAAUAGUACAAGGAAGUCUUCUUUCAUUUAUAAUUUCGGGACCAACACCAAGCAAAUUGAUACAUCAAUUGGAUAAUUUGCAGACCUUUAUGAGUACUUUUGUAUUGUACUUUGCAUUUAUUACCUUUUUUUGUCUUGUUGAUUAUUUAGAUCAACUAAACUCAAAGUUGAGUUUGAUUUCGUUUCGGUUGUGGAUUUGUUAAUUUUUCAAGGCUUUUAUUUUGUUUCAUUGAAAAAGAAAAACUGUUUAUAUUUUAUCUUAGAAGAAAAUAGUGAGGUAAAAAAGUUAACGUGAUAAGCAAUACGAGUGCGUAUUAACUUGUGUGUGGAAAGUAAUACAAAUGGGAAGAGAACACAUAAAACUUGUGAUUUAUUGUAUGAUUCUGUUUAAGAUGAUGAAUAAAUAAUUUUUCAAAUAA